UUUAAGAUAUUCUUCGAUUUCUAGAGGAAUCUUAGCUUUUAGUUCAAGGGUCCAUGUCAUUGUGGCCAGCACUUUUGCAACGACGACCAUAAUGGUUUUUCCAAACAUUAUAAACCCUCUCUUCUUUCUCACACAGCCCAUACAUUUGUAGCCCCUCUUCCAAUGAGAUAUCUCUCGCUUGUUCUAUCGCUUUGCGUCCUCUUCUUUCUGGUUGCCACUGCCAAUGGAUCUACCACGAAGAAGCAAGGUAAGGUAACCUUCCUCCAGUUCUACAUGCACGACAUUGUCACGGCCAAGCAUCCCACCGCCGUCAUGGUGGCCAAGCCCCCUUCCAGGAACGAUUCGUUUGGCCUGGUGAUGAUAAUAGACGAUCUCAUCACGCAAGGACCCUCUUCCAGCUCCAAAGUUUUGGGACGGGGCCAGGGAACUUAUAUGGUGUGCUCGCUCACCGGCAUUAACUUGCUCUUCAGUUUCGCCGCUGUCCUGGACACUCCAGAGUAUAAAGGGACCAUCAGCUUCCACGGCCUCGACAUGCUUGCACUGACCGUGAGAGAGUUCGCUGUGACGGGAGGAACCGGAGAUUUUAGAUCGGUGCGAGGCUACGCUACCAUCGAGACGCAGGCUCUAAAGGGGCUCAACGCAGUGCUCCUGUUCAAAGUUUAUCUCACAUAUUAGCAUAGAGAAAAAGAGAGAAGUGUGGACCUUACUAUUGUCCGGAGAGCUCGUUUAGCUUCCGGAAGUUUGUGCACACCCGAGCCCAUGCUUGACGAUGAGAGGCUCGGUGAAUCCAAACAUUUUUCGCU